UUCACGUGAAACAGGAUAUAAAAAUCACGCUGCUCUGUUUAAAACCUUCUCAUUUCAGAAUCGGCUGAAGGAGGAGUGGAGCAACUGCUGACAUCGUUAGUGAUAUUUACAUUUUUAUCACAAUGUCGUCUCACGUGUUGCCUGAGGGAUUCAGUGAUUUCGACAUGUUUGUGUUCGGCUCAGUGCUGCUGGUGGGGGGUUUACUUGGGUUCUUCUUAAACUUCAUAUCCAUAUUGGCCUUCCUGAAGGUGAAGCAGCUCAGGACUCCAAGUAACUUUUUUGUCUUCAGUCUGGCACUUGCUGAUCUUGGACUCAGCUGUAACGGUCUGACAUCUGCAUACGCUAGUUACCUCAGAUAUUGGCCAUUCGGUUCUGGGGGUUGCCAGAUCCACGCUUUUCAGGGCAUGGUGUCUAUUUUGGCAGGAAUCAGUUUUCUUGGCGCUGUAGCAUGGGACCGAUAUCACAUGUAUUGCACCAAGCAGAAAAUGUUUUGGAGCACAUCUCUGCCCAUGAGCUCCAUCAUGUGGGGUUUGGCCGUGUUGUGGGCCGCUCUGCCGUUACCCUUCAUUGGGUGGGGUGUGUUCGACUUCGAGCCCAUGCAUGUAGGCUGCACCCUAGACUACACCAGAGGAGACAGAGGUUACAUUACCUACAUGGUGGCCCUCACUGUUCUUUACCUGGUGUUUCCUCUACUCAUCAUGUACUCCUCCUACUCCUCUAUCUACACUUACUUCAGGAAGAUCCACAACUUCAAGUUUAACACAAGUCUGCCUGUAAAGACACUGCUGUUCUGCUGGGGUCCGUACGUCAUCAUGUGUGUGUACGCCUGCUUCGAGAACACAACGGAUUUAUCACCAAAACUCAGAAUGGUUCUCCCAGUUGUGGCUAAACUGUCUCCGUUCUCCAACGCUCUGCUGUAUGCCUACGCCAACGAGUUUUACAGAGAAGGAAUCUGGCAGUUCCUCACAGGACAGAAACAAAUGGAGAAGAAGAAAUAGAGGUCCACUGGGGUGUGUGUGUGUGUGUGUGUGUGUGUGUGUGAGGAGGUGGAGGAGGAGCAUGGAACUUUCAUCAGAAGACACGACUUAAUUUAGGGAACAGGUUUUAUUCAAUCAAUCAAUCAAUCAAAUUGUAUUUAUAAAGCGCAUUACAACCACCAAAAGGAGCACAAGGUGCGUUCCAGUAAAGCAAAAUAUAGACAUUAAAAAUACAAAUUUAUUAAAAGUAAACAAUUUAAAAUAAAAAAAAAUUAAGAAAUAAUUUAUAAAAUAAAAAUAAAAUAAAAACGCAAUAUACAUCAAAUAGCAGUUGAAUCAGGGCUACAAGUAAAAGCUUGUCUGAAUAAAUGAGUUUUCAACUGCGAUUUAAAAAAAACACUCAGCACAGUGACGCAUCGUAUGUGUGCUGGAAGUGCGUUCCACAGCGUUGGUCCCUGGACAGCAAAUCAUAUAAACUUUUUAUAGUUGCAAUUAGGAGCAACCAGAGAGGUAAGUCCAGAGGAGCGGAGAGUUCUGGCUGGUUGGUAGACCGUUAUUAAUUCGGUAAGGUAGGCCUGGGCCAGAUCAUUGAUUGCCUUGAACACAAACAGCAGAACCUUAUACUCCACCCUAAACCGCACCGGAAGCCAGUAAAGCGAGCGGAGGACAGGGGUGAUGUGGGAGCAUUUGGAGGUGUUGGUGAGAAGACGAGCUGCCGCGUUUUGUACCAUUGGAGCCGAUUUAGAAGUGAUUGGUUGAGUCCAGUGUAAAGGGCAUUACAGUAGUCAGUCCUCGAGCUGAUGAAGGCAUGUAUAGCUUUUUCAAUGUCAGCUAGGGACAAGAAUGAUUUGACCUUGCUGAGUAGUCUUAGCUGGUAAAAGCUGGAUGGCAUAAUCCACGCUGUCAAAUGCAGCGGUAAGGUCCAGUAACACCAAAACCACAAAGCUUUUACCAUCCAAGCCUCCAAGAAUGUCAUUAUGGACCCUCAAUUUAUUGUAGAAUCUGAUUUAUUGUUGUUCUCAUAUUCACCUGCAGUGUCUGUGUGCGCAAGAAAACCAAGAAGUGACGAUAUCAGGGGGCAGGGAAGUGACAUCACAAAGGACAUAGAGACAUAAUAAUAAUUAUAGAAUAAAUAAUAAGAAGAAGAAAAUGAAGAUAAAGAAGAAAAAAAUAAAUGUUUAAUUCACUUUACCUUUAAAUAUUAAUAAAUACUAAUUUAUUAAAGCUCC